CCCGGAGGGUCAGCUGAGCCAGGAGGCAGCCCAGGCCCCGUGGGCGCGGGCGUGGCCACCAGAGUCCCCGUCUGCAUUGGAGGCCCGAGGCUGCGGGAGGGAUUGCCAGCCCGGAGGCAGCCUCACCCCAGAGAUUCCACCUGGAUUUCAACUUGCACGGCGGAGUUCUUCACGGGCGAUAGAGGACAUCACCCUCUGGGGCUCCUGGAAGACCGAGGCACCCCUCCAAGGACUGAAGGUGUGCGCAGACACCCUGCAGGUGUGAGCCUCCUGCCCUCGGGCUACUUGUGAGCAGAGGCAGAGAGAAGGGUUACCAGAACCCCAGGUGUCCAGGCCAGAGUCCCCAUGGCCUUGCUGAGCAGGGCCCUGCGUGUGGCCACCGCACACCCUGGAUGGAUCCCCUCCCAGGGCCUGGGGCUGCGCCCCCUAACCAGGGCUGCUGGCCCCACCACCAAGAAGAGUGUGCCAUACCAGCGGACUCUGAAGGAGGAGCAGGGCCCCUUGGUGGUGGCCCGAGGCCCGAGCCAGCCUCUGCCCAGCGAAGCCAACGUGGUAGUCAUUGGUGGGGGCAGCCUGGGCUGCCAGACCCUGUACCACCUGGCCAAGCUGGGUGUGAGCGGUGCGGUGCUGCUGGAGCGGGAGCGACUGACCUCAGGGACCACCUGGCACACGGCAGGCCUGCUGUGGCAGCUGCGGCCCAGUGACGUAGAAGUGGAGCUGCUGGCCCAUACACGCCGUGUGGUGAGCCACGACCUGGAGGAGGAGACGGGGCUGCAUACGGGCUGGAUCCAGAAUGGGGGCCUCUUCAUCGCCUCCAACCGCCAGCGUCUAGACGAGUACAAACGGCUCAUGUCGCUGGGCAAGGCCUACGGUGUGGAGUCGCAUGUACUGAGCCCAGCAGAGACCAAGGCACUGUACCCGCUGAUGAAAGUGGACGACCUCUACGGGACCCUGUAUGUGCCGCACGACGGGACCAUGGACCCUGCUGGCACAUGCACCACUCUGGCCAGGGCCGCCACUGCCCGAGGAGCCCAGCUCUCUCACCCCCAGGUCAUCGAGAACUGCCCAGUGACCGGCAUCCAGGUGCGGACAGAUGACUUUGGGGUGCGGCGGGUCGCGGCUGUGGAGACUGAGCACGGCUCCAUCCAGACGCCCUUCGUGGUCAACUGCGCAGGAGUGUGGGCCGGUGCUGUGGGGCGGAUGGCUGGAGUCAAGGUCCCACUGGUGGCCAUGCACCACGCCUAUGUUGUCACUGAACGCAUCGAAGGCAUCCAGAACAUGCCCAACGUCCGUGACCACGAUGCCUCGGUCUACCUCCGCCUGCAGGGCGAUGCAUUGUCUGUGGGCGGCUACGAGGCCAACCCCAUCUUCUGGGAGGAGGUAUCGGACAAGUUUGCCUUCGGCCUCUUUGACCUGGAUUGGGACGUGUUCACUCAGCACAUCGAAGGCGCCAUCAACCGGGUCCCAGUGCUGGAGAAGACGGGGGUCAAGUCCACGGUCUGUGGCCCAGAAUCCUUCACGCCUGACCACAAGCCCCUGUUGGGGGAGGCACCUGAACUCCGUGGAUUCUUCCUUGGCUGUGGCUUCAACAGCGCAGGAAUGAUGCUGGGUGGUGGCUGCGGGCAGGAGCUGGCCCACUGGAUCAUCCACGGGCGCCCAGAGAAGGACAUGUAUGGCUAUGACAUCAGGCGCUUCCAUCACUCACUCACUGACCACCGCCACUGGAUCCGUGAGCGCAGCCACGAGUCCUACGCCAAGAACUACUCCGUUGUCUUCCCCCACGACGAGCCCCUGGCUGGGCGCAACAUGCGCAGAGGCCCCCUGCACGAGGAGCUCCUGGGGCAAGGCUGUGUGUUCCAGGAACGGCAUGGCUGGGAGCGACCGGGAUGGUUCAGCCCCUGCGGGGCGGCCCCGGUCCUCCAUUACGACUACUAUGGGGCCUAUGGGCACCAGGUGCACCAGGACUACGCCUACAACAGGCUGCUGGGGGACGAGUACACAUUCGACUUCCCACCCCACCACGACACUAUCAAGAAGGAGUGUCUGGCUUGCAGAGGGGCUGCUGCCAUGUUUGACAUGUCCUACUUUGGGAAGUUCUACUUGGUGGGACAGGACGCGAGGAAGGCUGCAGACUGGCUGUUCUCCGCAGAUGUCAGCCGGCCCCCAGGUUCAACAGUGUACACCUGCAUGCUGAACCACCGGGGGGGCACAGAGAGCGACCUGACCGUCAGCCGCCUGGACCCUGAACCCCAGGCCCCACCGCUGGCCCCCGCCUUUGAAGGGGACGGCUAUUACCUCGCAGUGGGCGGGGCCGUGGCCCAACACAACUGGUCCCACAUCACCAGCGUGCUGCAGGACCAGAGGUUCCGGUGCCAGCUCAUUGACAGCUCUGAGGACCUGGGCAUGAUCAGUAUCCAGGGGCCGGCCAGCCGGGCCAUUCUCCAGGAGGUGCUCGAUGCGGACCUGAGCAAUGAGGCCUUCCCUUUCUCCACCCACAAGCUGGUGCGAGCCGCUGGGCACCUGGUCCGGGCCAUGAGGCUGUCGUUUGUGGGUGAGCUGGGCUGGGAGCUGCAUGUGCCCAGGGCAGCCUGUGUGCCUGUGUACAAGGCCAUCAUGGCCGUGGGCGCCAAGCUGGGCCUCGUCAAUGCGGGCUACCGGGCCAUCGAUUCCCUGAGCAUCGAAAAAGGCUACCGGCACUGGCACGCGGACCUGCGACCUGAUGACAGCCCGCUGGAAGCGGGUUUGGCCUUCACCUGCAAGCUCAAGUCUGCAGUCCCUUUCCUGGGGCGUGAGGCCCUGGAGCAGCAGCGGGCCUCGGGCCUGCACCGGCGGCUGGUGUGCUUCACUGUGGACGAAAAAGUGCCCAUGUUUGGUCUGGAGGCUAUCUGGAGAAAUGGCCAUGUGGUAGGCCAUGUCCGCAGGGCUGACUUUGGAUUCACCAUCGACAAGACCAUUGCCUACGGCUACAUCUGGGACCCCAGCGGUGGGCCGGUGUCUCUGGACUUUGUGACGAGUGGGGACUACGCCCUGGAGAGGAUGGGGGUGACCUACCCUGCACAAGCACACGUGAAAUCACCUUUCGACCCUGACAACAAGAGGGUGAAGGGGAUCUACUGACUGGCCCACGGGCAGCGACCACAGCUGCACCAGAAGCCAGAGACCAGCCGGCCCACCCGACACCAUCACUUCCCACUUCCCCUGGGCCCCAGCCAGGACCUGGGCCCCUCCUUGUCCUUAGUCUAAGCCUGGUCCUGCUAAACACUCAAAUCCAGAGAUGGCCAGAGGGCUGAUCAUACCCCUGUGGUCAGUCUGUAGUCCACCUCCCCACGAACCAGUCUGGAAGCAUCUUGGGCUCAGGGGCCAAGCACAUGGCUCUCUGCUAGCUUCUUAGAAGUGCUGAGUAAAUCGCUGGUAGGCUCCCUGUGAAAGCAGGGCUGGCAAA